AUGUCUUCCUGGAGAGGCGUGCGACGCACCCUCCCCGACUCACUAGAUGAGUCAACUCUCACCAGCCUCUCUAAGACGGAGUUCGAGAACCCAUCCAGCAAAACACGUCGUCCCGCCGUCCUCCAAUCGCUCCAUGCAGUUCAUAUUGCCCUGGACACGGGAACGGAACACACCAAGGCUUCCCUUCUUCUUGAAUACAGUGAAGGGGAAGAUGAUGGAGUGCCGUUAGACUCACCACCAACGGUGGUCUGGUCCAAUUGUGCCGGCUCUGUCCUCAGCCAGAUCGCAGUUACGAGAGACGGCCGAAUGUUGUGGGGAGACGAAGUGGACCAAGCACUGAAAAAGGGAGAUAUAAACGAAUCUCAGGUUGUUCGGCACCUGAAACCUUCUUUAUUUCACGCCCAUACCGCUAGUCAGCAACAUUUCCAGGGAGGUAUCGAGCUCACCAAAGAACGGAAGACCGAGCUCAGCGACUGCUUGAAGUUCUAUGGAGAGGUUCCCCGGGACUAUCACCUGGAAAACAUAUCGGUGUUUUCGUACUACCUAGGAUUCGUUUACCGUUUCGUCCUUCGGUUUAUUGCAACGUCGCAUGGUAGUCUGGGUUGGCCGGUAUUCGACAAUUUGGAGGACUAUAAGAGCUGGACACCUCCAGGAAACCCGCGAAUUACCGUUUCGCUACCAGUACCUGUUAGGUCAAGUCCAGCACAGGUACAGCUGAUGGUGGCUGCGGCAAAAGCGGCGGGAAUUCCCAAUCCUUACCCUGUCGCGGAACCGGCGGCGGCUAUGAUUUACCACCUCUACAAAGCUCGCGGCCAAUCACUCGUCGGAAAGACUUUCCUCAUUCUUGAUAUUGGAGCUGGUUCGGCAGACCAACAGAUUUGGACAGUGGUGAACGAAAACCCCCUUCGACUGCGAGAACAUAUCAUCCCAGAGGAGUCCAAGAUAGCCUGGUGCGGGGGCGCUUACACCAACGAGGUGGCGGUAAAGCUGAUCAAGGAUCGCUUUCGCAACAAGGACCGCGUUUUCGAAGGCCUGCAAAGAAAUCGCAGCUCAAUUACGGACGAACGCGAACUUGAGCGAAAGUUGUAUCAGAGAUUCGAGAAGGAGAAGAAGCGAUUCGAAGGACGGGAUGCACUGUGCCUCUGCAUCCAGGGCCUUCCGGACAUCCCAGAAUACGGGCUCCAGGGAGGUGGCAAAGUGGUCCUCGAAGCCGGGGAUGUCAGGAGGGCUUUCGCACCAUGUCUGGACCAAAUCAUCAACAUGCUCGAUAUUUCGAUCAGAAGUGUCGUCGAAGGUCGCAGCUUACGUGGGAGGACGGUAGAGCAACGAGUCCACGAGAUUAUCGUGGUCGGAGGCUGUAGCCAGAACCGAUACUUGCUCGACCAGAUCCGCGAUCGGUAUUCUGGCGGCGUGCAAAGUCCCGUUUCCUAUGUGAUUCCAGUCACUCUUCCGCCGCACGCGGCACAAGGUUCCCUCACAGUUGCGCGGGGUGCCGUGUUAUUGUCGGCAGAAAAGAAACUCAUCAAGGAGAGAUAUGUACGUCGAAGUUUCUGUGCUGAAUGGCAUAUAGAAAUCUCGCAGGACGAACAGAAAAACUAUCGGAGGUCGUGCCUGUACAAAAGCCCUCAUGACCUUCAGCUCCGUGCCUGUGUCACCAAAUUCCUACUCCGCCGGGGCCUCCAUCCUCAGAAAUUUUCCUGUCCUCCCUUGAACGGUUGGCGAGGCCUCAUGCUCAGAGACAAAGCGGCGGGCGGCUGGUGGGUCAAGGAGCAGUUGUAUUAUUCAGACAAGACCUCUGAAGAUGGGGUAUGUACAAAAGAUCCCCGGUACGAAAUAAAACCUAUGGCGAGCCCGCUCAUCUUCCGCAUCUCGUUCGAGGAGGCCCAACAAUUUCCACGCAGAGUCAACCAACAGGGACAAGUGUGGUGGGAGCUUGAGUAUGAGCUGAUUCUCAGCGUGGAUGGACAUAUUAUGACGUUCGAAUUCAUAAUACCCAGAACCGGCAAGUGGCCUACGGACGGUGACCGUUAUGUAGAUGUCAUGUGGAAAACUGGCCAGUACGACACAGCUGGAGUCUCGCAGCUAUUCGGUGCAUCUCAGGAUUAG